UAACAACUGAAAAAUUUUUGGUUUAGUGAGUGUCGUGCGCAUCCUCAAAUGUUCCAGUUCCAAAUCCAAUUUUUUUCACCAACGCUGACUAUGGAUCGAGUGGCUAGACAGACAUAAAUUGAUUGAAUUAGGAUAUAAAUUGUUAGUAACUUAUAGUUGAUAAUGUCGUUCUCUACCCAAACACCCACCAUUGUGGUGUUGAAAGAAGGAACCGAUUCUUCGCAAGGAAAGGGACAAAUCUUGAGUAAUAUUAAUGCAUGUUUAGCUAUACAAGAUACAUUAAAGCCAACUUUAGGACCAUUUGGUUCUGAUAUUUUAAUUGUAUCUUCCAAUGGUAAAACGACUAUUUCUAAUGAUGGAGCUACUAUUUUGAAGUUAUUAGAUAUAGUUCAUCCAGCAGCUAAAAUGUUAGUGGAUAUUUCUCGAGCUCAAGAUGCUGAAGUUGGAGAUGGAACCACUUCAGUUACAAUUUUGGCCGGAGAAUUUUUAAAAGAAGCUAAGGCAUUUAUUGAAGAUGGAAUGUCAUCUCAUCUUAUUAUUAAAGGAUUAAGAAAAGCCAACGAAUUGGCUAUUGCAAAGAUUAAACAAUUGGCUGUACAAAUUACGCGUCAUGAUAAUGAACAAGAAUUUCGACAAUUAUUAGAGAAAUGUGCAACAACUGCUAUGUCAUCCAAAUUAAUUAGUAAGAAUUCGACAUUUUUUACAAAAAUGGUAGUAGAUGCAGUAUUAAGUUUAGAUCAAGAAGAUUUAGAUGAAAAAUUAAUUGGAAUUAAGAAAGUUCCUGGUGGAGGUAUGGAAGAUUCCAUUUUCGUUGAUGGAGUGGCAUUUAAAAAGACUUUUUCAUAUGCUGGAUUUGAACAGCAACCUAAACAAUUUAAAAAUCCUAAAAUUAUUAAUUUGAAUGUAGAAUUAGAAUUAAAAGCAGAAAAGGAAAAUGCUGAAGUUAGAGUUGAAGAAGUUAAAGAUUAUCAAGCAAUUGUUGAUGCAGAAUGGCAAAUUAUCUUUAAUAAAUUAGAAGCUAUUUCUCAAACUGGAGUAAAUAUAGUAUUAUCUAAAUUACCAAUUGGAGAUUUAGCUACUCAAUAUUUUGCUGAUAGAAAUAUCUUUUGUGCUGGUAGAGUUUCAUCAGAAGAUAUGGAUAGAGUUAUUAAAGCAGUUGGAGGUAAUAUUCAAUCUACUUGUUCAAAUAUUAAAUCAGAAGAUAUUGGAACUUGUGAAACUUUUGAAGAAGUUCAAAUUGGUAGUGAAAGAUAUAAUUUAUUUAAGGGAUGUCCUCAAGCUAAAACAUGUACUUUAGUAUUAAGAGGUGGAGCUGAACAAGUUAUUGCUGAAGUUGAAAGAUCUUUACAUGAUGCUAUUAUGAUUGUUAAACGAGCCGUUAGUCAUAGUGAAGUUGUUGCUGGAGGUGGAGCUAUUGAAAUGGAAUUAUCUAAAUAUUUAAGAGAUUAUGCCAAAACUGUAGCUGGUAAACAACAAUUAAUAAUUAGUGCAUAUGCUAAAGCAUUAGAAGUUAUUCCAAGACAAUUAUGUGAAAAUGCAGGAUUAGAUGGAAUUGAAUUAUUAAAUAAGUUAAGAAGUUGUCAUGCUAAGGGAGAUAUUUGGUAUGGAAUUGAUUUCCAAAAGGAGAAUGUUGGUAAUAAUAUGAAGAAUUUUAUUUGGGAACCAUCAUUAGUUAAGAUUAAUGCAUUAGGAUCUGCCACUGAGGCUGCUACGUUAUUAUUAUCGGUUGAUGAGACCAUUAGAAAUGAUGAAGAUAAAGAUGGAGGUGCAGGAGGUAGAGGUAGAGGAGCGUAUUAGUUAUAGAGUAUAGUUAAUGUAGAUAGUACAGAAAUAGUAAAGUGUAGAAGGGGUAAGUAAGGAGUGAGUGAGUGAAGGAGAGAGAGAGCGAAGGAGAGAGAGCGAAGGCGAGAGCAACUGAAGGAGAGGCUGCC